GCGCUCUGCAGGAUCACGGGGGUCAGCGGGCUGGAGAUGGCGGCGCAGAGGAUCCGGGCAGCAAACUCGGGUGGCCUGCCACGGUGCAAGUCGGAGGGGACGCUCAUCGACCUUGGCGAGGGCUUCACUGAGACCAGCCUCUGCGACGUCAAAGUGCCUUCUCCUAGUGCCUUGCUGGUUGACAAUCCCACAUCCUUUGGAAAUGCAAAGGAAGUAAUAGCAAUCAAAGAUUACUGUCCGACUAAUUUCACCACUUUGAAGUUCUCCAAGGGGGACCACCUUUAUGUCUUAGACACGUCAGGAGGCGAGUGGUGGUACGCUCACAACACCACGGAGAUGGGUUACAUCCCUUCUUCCUACGUCCAGCCUGUGAACUACCGCAACUCUUCCUUAACAGACAGCGGGAUGAUAGACAAUCUAUUGGAGAGCCCCGACGAGGGGGUCAAGGAGUUAGACCUGCUUGGAGAAUGGACUGACGUGAAAAGAAACUCUGCGAAAACCUACAAUAACAACCCGUUCUUGAAUGGAGCCCAGACAAACCCGUUUCUGAAUGGGAAUAUGCAAACAAUGCCCAACUCGGACAAAGAGUCCAACUCCAAUGUUGCUGUUGACUUGCUGCUCUUUGACACAGGGGCUCCUGCUUCAGCCGUUUCCAGUUCAGCUGCGAAUAGCAGCCUGGGUAAUAUUUUUGAUGAGUUUCCAUCCACAAACAGGCUGGAUCUGGAACAGCCUGUGAAAAGGGACAAUCCCUUCUUCAGAAGUAAACGCUCCUACAGUUUGUCUGAACUGUCCAUUCUUCAAGCCAAGUCGGACGCUCCAGCAUCGUCAGGUUUCUUCAGUGGUUUGAAAUCUCCCACCCCUGAGCAGUUCCAGAGCCGGGAAGAUUUUAGGACGGCGUGGCUGAACCACAGGAAGCUGGCUCGGUCUUGUCAUGACUUGGAUUUGCUUGGUCAAAAUCCUGGAUGGGGUCAGACGCAACCAGUGGAGACCAACAUUGUCUGCAAGCUGGAUAGCUCUGGUGGAGCCGUUCAGCUUCCAGACACCAACAUCAGCAUCCACGUGCCAGAGGGUCACGUGUGCCCUGGGGAGACACAGCAGAUCUCCAUGAAAGCAAUGCUGGAUCCACCGCUGGAGCUGAACAGUGACAAGUGCAGCUCCAUCAGCCCAGUCCUGCAGAUCAAACUCAGUAACAUGGAGGUGAAAACUUUCAUCAUUCUGGAGAUGAAGGUGUCAGCAGAGGUCAAGAAUGACAUCAUGAGCAAGAGUUUGGUAGGACUGCAGUGCCUGCGAAGUGACAUGAAAGAGGGGCCAUACACGCCAAUGCAGCUCAGCUAUUCAUAUGGGGACACGAUCCAGGUACAGCUGGAGAAUCUGGAGCCCUGCAUGUAUGUUGCGGCUGUAGCCCAGGGACAGAACAUCCUCUACCCUUACACUGUUUGGGAUUACAUCAGCAAAAAGAUCACGGUUGGUGUCUACGGCCCGAAACACAUUCACCCUUCCUUUAAAACUGUCGUGGCUGUGUUCGGGCAUGAAUGUGCGCCCAAGACUCUCCUGGUGAAUGAGGUCACGAGACAGUCCCACAGUCCGGCUCCUGUUGCCCUCCAGCUCUGGGGUAAGCAUCAGUUUGCUCUGUCCCGGCCUCAGGACCUCAAGCUCUGCAUGUUCUCCAACAUGACCAACUACGAGGUGAAAGCUAGUGAGCAAGCCAAAAUUGUGCGGGGCUUCCAGAUGAAGCUGGGCAAGGUCAGCCGCCUUAUCUUCCCCAUUGCAUCCCAUGACCCCAAUGAGCUCUCAGACUUCACACUGAGGGUACAGGUCAAGGAUGACAAGGAUGCCAUUUUGACCCAAUUCUGCGUUCAGACACCACAGCCGCCUCCAAAAAGUGCCAUCAAACCGACAGGGCAGAGGCGGUUCCUCAAGAAAAAUGAGGUUGGGAAGAUCAUCCUUUCACCUCUGGCUGCCACCGCCAAGUAUCCAGUUUUUCAGGACCGGCCAGUGUUGAGCUUGAAGUAUGGCAAGCUGCUGAAGACAGUGGUGCGGCAAAGCAAGAACCACUAUUUGCUGGAGUACAAGAAAGGAGACAUCAUAGCCCUCCUCAGUGAGGAGAAGAUCAGGUUGAAAGGGCAGCUGUGGACCAAGGAGUGGUAUAUUGGCUACUACCAGGGAAAAAUAGGCCUUGUGCACACCAAAAAUGUGCUGGUGGUUGGGAAGGUCAAGCCCAGCUAUUUCUCUGGGCCAGAUCUCACCACCAGCCUGUUGCUUGAGCAGAUCCUGAGGCCCUGCAAGUUCCUAACCUAUAUCUAUGCCUCUGUGAGGACUCUGCUCAUGGAGAACCUCAGCAGCUGGCGGUCCUUUGCCGAUGCGCUGGGGUAUUUGAACUUGCCACUCACGUUUUUUUGCCGAGCAGAGUUGGACAGCGAGCCGGAGCGAGUGGCCUCCGUCUUGGAGAAGCUGAAGGAAGACUGCAACAACACUGAGAACAAGGAGAGGAAAUCUUUCCAGAAGGAGCUGAUGACGGCUCUGCUGAAAAUGGACUGCCAGGGGCUGGUCGUCCGGCUCAUCCAGGACUUUGUGCUGCUGACCACGGCCGUGGAGGUGGCCCAGCGCUGGAGGGAGCUUGCCGAGAAGCUUGCCAAGGUCUCCAAGCAGCAGAUGGAUGCUUACGAGGCCCCGCACCGAGACAAGACGGGGGCUGUGGACAGCGAGGCCAUGUGGAAGCCAGCUUACGACUUCCUUCUCACCUGGAGCAGCCAGAUGGGCGACAGCUACCGUGAUGUGAUCCAGGAGCUGCACACCGGGCUAGACAAGAUGAAGAACCCCAUCACCAAGCGCUGGAAACAUCUCACCGGCACCCUGAUCCUCGUCAAUUCCUUGGACAUGCUGCGGGCAGCUGCCUUCAGCCCGCAAGACCACGAGGAUUUUGCCAUCUAG